CGCCCCUCAAAGACUUUUCUUUUCCUUCGUGGUGCUUACAGUGUGCUUGAAAUUCUGGUAAACGAUUUUUCUUGCUUAGAAAAAACAAAUAGGAAUCUCCGAAGAUUUUGUUUACUUCAAAGUGAGUUGAGUGAAAAGGAUUUUUUUUUUUUUUUUUUGAAAAGUGAAAUCUUCAGACUUCAGGACAAUUAGACGGAGAUAGGAACGUCCUCCAGCAGAUCGCAAUGAACCGCAGGAUCGUAAGAAGCUUGUAAAUCGCUGACUCUCAAGACGACAGGAGCUCUCCGUAAUAGAUCUAUCAACAGGUCCCGCCGCCGCCCGAGCCAUGAACCAGCAGUGUCGCGUGUGCGGCGAGCCGGCCGCCGGCUUCCACUUCGGCGCCUUCACGUGCGAGGGAUGCAAGUCGUUCUUCGGGCGGACGUACAACAACGUGUCGUCUCUGGGCGAGUGCAAGAACGGCGGCUGCUGCGUCAUCAACAAGAAGAACCGCACCGCGUGCAAGGCCUGCCGCCUGCGCAAGUGCCUGCUCGUCGGCAUGUCCAAGAGCGGAUCCAGGUACGGCCGUCGCUCCAACUGGUUCAAGAUCCACUGCUUGCUGGAGGACCGGCGUUCGUCCGCGGCCGGAGAGCUGGGCGGGUCGGGGGGCUCCGAGUGCUGGAGCGGGCCUGGCACCAGCGACGACGAGGGCGACGCCAUCGACGUGUGCGGCCCCCCGGAGGUGCCCCGCGGGUCGCCGCCCCCCGCCCGGACGUCGCCCGCGCUCAGCAGCCCAGACUCCCACGCGUCGGACAACUCGGUGGAGGCGUCCCUCUACGGCGAGGGCGGAGGGCGCCACCUGCCCUACCUCCCCCCGCUCUACCCCAGGCUCAGCGUCCUCCCGCCCCCUCCCCCACGGUCCCCCGAGGUAAGCCUGAGGGUAGGCCGCGCCCACAGCCCGCCUGCAGCCGUUGGGCACCUCAGGGCGCCCACAAAGCGACCGGCUGAGUGCCCGGCACCGCUCCCGCUGGCCAAGAGACUGCGCCUGCUAGAGGAGAGGAGCGCGGCCGACGAGGCGCACCGCCGCCUGGCGCCCCCGCUGCUGCAGCGCCGCUCCGACGUGUCCGUCUCGGUGUCGGUGUCCGUGAGGAAGGAGGCCCCGUCCGCCGUGCCCGUCGGGAUCGCCUUGAAGGCCGCGAUGCCUCCGUCGGACGUGCCAAUGGACCUGUCGGUGCGAUCCAGCGCCGCGUCUCCGCCCGACGCCGGAGCCGACCACGACAUCCUGGACUUGUCCCUCAAGUCCCGCCAGGACCCGAAGGAGGAGGACAAGGUCGAGUCCGCGAAGCCCGAGAAGGAGCACUCCGUGAAGAGCCCGGAGCGGCCGACGGCCUCCGCCCCCGGGCUGGCCGUGGGGAUGGGGGGGUCCUGCGCCCUCACGCCCCUCAACCUCGCCCUCCACCUCCAGCCGCGGGCGCGCUCCGUCUCCUAG